GCGCGGGCCGGGGGCGAUGGAGGAGCCGCAGCUGUGGGUCGGGUUCGUGGGCGCGGGCAGGAUGGCCGGGGGGCUCGCCCGGGGGCUGCUGCAGGCGGGGAUGCUGGGUUUGGGGUUGCUGGGUGUGGGGGUGCUGUUUUCGGGGCUGUGACACCUCUCCCUGUCCCGUGGGCAGGAGUUGGGGUGCAGGACCACGCACUGCAACCUGGAGGUGGUGCAGAGGAGCACCCUGGUCUUCCUGGCCACCAAACCCCACGUGCUGCCGGGGGUCCUGGAGGAGAUCCGUCCUGCCGUGGGCACCCACCACAUCGUGGUCUCCCUGGUGGCUGGAGUCACCAUCCAGACACUGCAGAGGCUCCUCCCUCCCUGGACCAAGGUGCUGCGGAUCAUGCCCAACCUGCCGUGCGUGGUGCAGGCCGGGGCCAUGGUCUUCUCCCGGGGCAGCAGCGCCGGCGACAAAGAAUCCGCCCUCCUGCAGAACCUGCUGUCGUCCUGCGGGCUCUGCGAGGAGGUCCCCGAGUCCUACAUCGACAUCCACACCGGCCUGAGCGGCAGCGGCGUGGCCUAUGUGUACCUGUUCGCCGAAGCCUUGGCCGAGGGCGCGGUGAAGAUGGGGAUGCCCGGAGCCUUGGCCGGCAGGAUCGCGGCGCAGACGCUGCUGGGCGCCGCCAAGAUGCUGCUGGAGACCGGGGAGCACCCGGCCAAGCUGCGGGGCGACGUCUGCACCCCCGGGGGCACCACCAUCUACGCGCUGCACCAGCUGGAGAAGGGCGCGCUCCGGGCCACCGUCAUGAGCGCCGUGGAGGCGGCCACCAACCGCGCCUGCGACAUGGCCAAGCACUGACAGACGUU